AUGUCUCCCGCUACAUCAUCAUCCUUCACGGUCCUCGACACUCGCGAUAUUGAAGCACAAAUCGUAGCCGGAACAUACGAGUCCUUCGACUCCUCUUUCAGCACACCCAUCUCUGCAAUUACGCAUACCCCCCGCACUAGCCUCUUGCUAGAACAGACAGCGGCUAUUGACCCUCUCGACGAGUUCUUUGGGGCAUCUCGGACGUCGCGAUCUCUCCAUGGAACGCAGGAUAGCCGUCAUGACGCAUUCCUCCUACCCGUACAUCACGAUGACAUUCUGCCGCCAUACUCAGAAUCGUCGGAGCUUCCUGCAUACUCCCGCUUUGAGGAGCACCCCACACUCGCCAUGUACCUGUUCAAGUUUGGCUUCCUGUUCCCUCUCUUCUGGGUUGCCGGUGCCUUCAUUCUUCUCUCUCCACUUCUUGCUCCCGAAGAUUGGGAGACGAACAAGACCGAAGCCGAGAGGCAGGCUCUGAUACAGUCCCUCAGACGCGCAGAAGUCAGGUGGGCGAAACGAUGCCUGAUCGCAUUCUCCAUCUUCUCUCUCGCCGCCACCAUCGCCAUCGUCGUCGCGGUUCUCAUCCUGAAAUCAUAA